AAGCUCUAUAUCAGGCCUCCGUUGCUUCAUUUCGCACCCGCCUGCUGCUUACACCCUUCCUUCUUCACACUCAUCCAGAUCCAGAGCUUCUCUCUCUCGCUCAAAGAUGAAGGUGAUCGCUGCUUAUUUGCUGGCUGUCUUGGGCGGCAAGACCAGCCCCACUGCGGAGGACAUCAAGACCAUCCUUGGCGCCGUUGGUGCUGAAGCUGAUGAGGACAGAAUUCAGCUUCUUCUGAAGGAAGUCAAGGGCAAGGACAUCACUGAGCUGAUUGCUUCUGGACGGGAGAAGUUGGCCUCUGUCCCAUCUGGUGGCGGUGGUGCUGUUGCAGUUGCUGCCCCUGCUGGUGGCGCCGGUGGUGCUGCUCCGGCAGCAGCUGAGGCAAAGAAGGAAGAGAAGGUUGAGGAGAAAGAGGAGUCCGAUGAUGAUAUGGGCUUCAGUCUCUUUGACUAGGGUGGUUGGAGUACUUGCGUACUGAAGAACCAAUUUCUUAUUCAAGUUAGAUAUUUUUGUUUGCUGGAGUGUACUUUUUGGUUAUUGUAGUAGAUGAUGACGCAGUUACUUUGGAUUUGAAUGCACUUCUCUAUCUUUAUUUCUUCUCAAUGAUAAAUGACAUCUCUAUUUUUAGCAG